UUGAAAGUUGAGAGUUGAGGCUGGGAUUAAGCGAGCGUCACCGAUUCUCUCUCUCUCUCAAGUCCCAAAUGGUAAAAAAACCCAGAACCAGAACCCUAGUCCGCCUUUCUCUCUUACCGUCUUCCAUGGCCAAGAAGCGAAAGCUCGUUAAGAAAUCUGAAGCUUCCAAAUCUCAUAAGAAGAAAAUCAAGAAGAUUAACAACAAUACCAAUCCCCCCAACCUUGCCCCGCCCGAGGAUCCGAUUUCCGAUUCCGAAUCUUCGCCUGACAACAUCCAAUCCCUCCUUGAACCCUACUCCAAGGACCAGCUUAUCGCCCUCGCCGUCGAUGCUGCCCUCCAACAUCCCUCUCUCCUCUCCCUUAUCCGCUCCUCCGCCCACUCUGAUAUCUCCCACCGCAAGAUCUUUGUCUACGGCCUUGGCUUCGACGUCACCCGCUACACCCUCCUCUCUGCCUUUCAACCCUACGGAGAAAUUGACGACUGCAAUGUUGUCACCGACCGUCAGACUGGCAAUUGUAAAGGCUAUGCUUUUGUCGUCUUCAAGAACCGAAAAGGUGCGGUCAAAGCCCUAAAGGAACCCAGGAAGAAGAUCGGGAAUCGGUUUGCCUCCUGCCAGCUGGCAUCUACGGGACCCACUUCGCCCGUCGCCGGUUCGGUUCAGCAGGAUUUGAGUAGCCGGAAGAUUUACGUGAGCAAUGUGUCUCAGGAUGCCGAUGCAAAGAGGUUGAGGGAUUUUUUCGGGAAAUUCGGGGAGAUUGAGUGCGGCCCUUUCGGGAUCGACCCGCAUACUGGCAAGUGGAAAGGUUAUGCUUUGUUUGUUUACAAGACCGCAGAGGAAGCCAAGAAAUGUCUGGAAGAGCCCUAUAAGAUGUUUGAGGGGCGGCAAUUGCAUUGCGAGAAGGCUGCCGAGGGCAAAAGUGGUGGGAAAUUUGGGGGCGGGGCAGCCGGAAUCACUACUGCUGUGGUGCAGCAGCCGUUUCAGCCCUUACAAGCAGGGCCAGAGGUGUUAAACGCUAUAGCUGCAGCUCAGAACUUGGCAAUGUUGGGUUCUAACCCGAGUGCCGCUCUGCUCAAUCCAUUUUAUAGUGGCUUUCUUGGAAACCCUAAUUUAGGAAUGUUAAACCCAGUGUUGGGGAUGGGGCAAGUGGGGCAAGUAAGUGGCCCUGAAAUGACUGCUCCGGGUUAUGGUACCCUAAUUGGGGGUUCGGGAGCGAAUAACUUGAUGCUUGGAACUUAUGGCAGUGGCGGGUCAAGUGGGGGAAUGCCUCGGGGCUUAAUGCAUGCUUAUCCUAAUUUGUUAGCUGCGCAGGCUUCUGCAUCUGCUAAGGCUCCAGAGAACAAUGGCUACUCAUCACAGUUGUGAUGUCUUCAACUGGCAAAAGGAAACAACGUUAUAGUACUGUUGCUUAAACUAUUACUUUUGGUCAGUGCCUUUGGUUGCAACAAUUGAACUUGAAAGCCAUAUGCCUUAUUGGUUUUGUCAUAGUUUGAGUUUCUCAUUGAAAGGCCAAGCCUGAGAUGAAUUUGGCAGAUCUUAUUUCAUUUCUUAAUAGUUUUCCUUUCAUAAACAAUUUCUGACCCUUUUUGAACUAUUUUUAUCUUUAUUUUGAUCACUUUUUAUUA